UACUCUACUCGUAUCCCUUUCCAUCGAUCGAAAGAACUUCGGGGGUUCUUUUUCUUUUUCUUCUUCUUCCAUCCCAAAAUCUUUGGAAACAUUUUCUCUUUCCAAGGUUUCCAACAACUUCAACUUCUCUUCAUUCGAUUGUUUCUUCCCAUCGAUCGUAAGAAACAAACAUGAAUGGUAUUGUGAACUACCGCUUUCUCAAAACCCUUGGUAGCGGCAGCUUUGGUGAGGUCGUCCUAGCUGAGGACAUGAUGACCGGUAACAAUGUGGCAAUCAAGAUUAUUGAUUCUCAACAUAAUGAUAUUGAGAUUAAUAGAGAAAUUCAGAUUAUGAAAGUGCUGGGGAUGCAUCCUAACAUUAUUAGACUAGAGGAGGAAAUUCAUACAAAAAAUCAUACAUAUAUUGUAAUGGAAUAUGCUGAGAAUGGGGAUCUACUUAGCUACCUACUUAAACAAAAGAAUGGCAGAUGCCAACUCUCUGAGGGCGAGGCAAGAAAAAUUUUCCGACAGAUCAUUUGUGGGUUGAAUCAUUGUCAUGGGAACAUGAUUGUGCAUCGAGACCUUAAGCUCGAGAAUGUGCUUCUUGGUUCAAGAUGUGACGUGAAAAUUGCUGACUUUGGUUUGAGCAAAAUGCUCAAAUAUUAUCGUCUAAGAGAGUCUGUUGGAAGCCUACCUUAUGCUGCCCCAGAGGUGCUCUCUGGCAAAUUUUAUGCUUUUGAAGCUGAUAUAUGGAGUUGUGGUGUUAUAUUAUAUGCUCUACUUUGUGGUGACUUUCCUUUUGGACAAGAUAUUGGUCCUGAUGAAUUGAUGAAGAUGGAAGCUGGAAUCUACAAUCUUCCUGAGCACCUGUCUUUUGGAGCCAAAGACUUAAUCCGCAAAAUGCUUAGGUUUGAUCAAGUGGACAGAAUUACCAUUCCUGAGAUUCUUCAGCACUCCUGGCUUCAACUGCAGCCACAAUAUCUUCCUCCAACUCUACCAACUCCAAUUUCAUUUGCACAUACAAUCCAACAAUCUGAACAGAUAGCUAUUAAAAUGGGAUUUAAAGUUCUUCACUUGGGAAUGGAAGAGCUUUGGUGUUAAUUUACCUUAUGUUGGAUAAUAAAUCCUCUGCACCUACUGAAUAUGGUGCGUUUUGUUUCCUAACCAUUUUGCUGUCACUUCCUAACUGAAGUUGCUGUCUUUACUUCAGAUUUACAUUUGAGAAUUUCUUUCAGGAAGACACCAUGGGACAGGGCGUACUAGCUUGUGGACAAAGAUUGUUUGCAGAUUGGUCUCAUGUGAUACUCCUUGUCAUAAAGAAGAAUAAUAAAAUUGUAAUACUCCU